AUGCACGCCUUCAAUAUCAACCCUACUACAGCAAUUGCUGCGGUGGCUCUGCUCUCUGCCCUGCCGACUGCCCAGGCUGGCUUAUAUCUUAAGAGCUCGCCCGUAGUCCAGGUAGACGCCAAGAACUAUGAUAGGAUAAUUAACAGAUCAAACCAUACUUCUGUUGUCGAAUUUUACGCGCCAUGGUGCGGCCAUUGCCAGAACCUCAAGCCCGCCUACGAAAAGGCAGCUAAAAACCUUGAGGGUCUUGCCAAGGUCGCCGCCGUAAAUUGUGAUGAAGAUGAAAACAAGCAACUAUGCGGCAUGAUGGGCGUCAAGGGUUUCCCAACGCUCAAAACCGUGCGCCCUGGCAAGAAGGGGAAGCCGAUCGUGGAAGACUACAAUGGUCCUCGAACCGCCAAGGGCAUUGUAGAUGCGGUUGUUGACAAGAUCAACAAUCACGUAAAACGCGUAACGGAUAAGGAUCUUGAUUCCUUCCUUUCGACCAAGAACGAUACGGCCAAGGCUAUUUUAUUCACGGAGAAGGGUACUACGAGCGCUUUACUAAAGAGUAUCGCCAUUGACUUCCUCGAUGUUAUCACUAUUGCGCAAAUUCGAGACAAGGAGACCAAGGCGAAUGAAUUGUUUGGCAUCAAGUCCUAUCCCACUUUCGUAUUACUACCCGGUGGCGAUAAAGAGAGCAUAGUAUACGACGGAGAUUUGAAGAAGGAUGAUAUGCUCAAGUUCUUGUCGCAAGUUGGCCAACCAAACCCGGAGGCAGCACCCGCUAAAUCAAAGGGGGAGAAGAAGUCUGAGAAGAAAAACAAGAAGGCGUCUCCCAAAUCUUCCGACUCCAGUUCCAAGACUACCUCAACUGAAUCGGAAGAGUCUACCGAUGCUCCUCCUGCUGAAAAUUCCGUCGAGGUCGCUCCCCCUAUCCCAGCUAUCACCGAGGCGGACAAGCUAACUCAGGAAUGCCUGAACCGAAAGGCUCACACCUGUGUUCUUGCUUUCGUGCCCUCCGCUCACGGAGAGAUUGCAGAAAAGGCUUUGACUAGCCUAGCCGAACUAGCAUUCAAACACGCCCACGCCCACCGCCACUUAUUCCCCUUCUUCGAGGUUCACCACGACAAUGAAGCUGCCGAGUCGGUAUUCAAGAGUUUAGAACUCUCAGGUGAAGUUGAGAUUGUUGCUAUCAACGGCAAGAGAGGAUGGUGGCGUCACUACGAGGGAGAUUUUAGCUCUGAGAGUGUUGAGAGCUGGAUUGACGCUAUCCGUCUUAGUGAAGGUGCCAAGAAGAAGUUGCCAGCGGGCGUUAUUGGCGAGGUCGUCGAGAAGCCGACAGAGUCUGUUGAGGUAAAGAUUGAGGAGGAUGUUAAGGUCGAGGUCGAGACUGAAUCUAACACGUCCACUAAGGGUGCCGAGCCGACUCCUGAGGCUACACCCGCGGUAGAAUCGAAUGAGGUACCCAAACACGAAGAGCUAUAA